UCGAUCGCCCCCGGAGCUCAGCAAGUCCGCACCGGGGGCAGCUUUUACCCAAUCCGCCCCAAUCGAUAGGAAACGAGGCACCCGCGCUGCGGGCAGUGCCGCGCCUCGCCUUGGGUCGGAAGCACCUCUCACCGCCAAAGGUUUUCACCUCGGAGCGCGCACAACGGCGCUGAGCGCACGGAAGCAGCGCGGGCGGCAGAAGGGGCAGGAGCCGCUCAGCCCGCCCCGGUGGGCCCCGGCGGGGUGGGCGGGGGUCCGGCCGGGGUCACCGGGCAGCCCGGACCCCCGGCCCCCGCCGUGCCAGCGGGGCCUCCCCGGCUCUCACCGCCCAGGCACGAAACGAGCGGUUCGGGACAGCUCUGCAGGCAGUGCCGGCCGGGGAAGGGAGGCACGGCUCCGCCAGGGCACUGGUUUUUGCGCAAACGGUGCAGCGGCACGUUUCGCAAGAAGUUUUAGGGAAGGGAGCCCCGAAAAGCCAGACUAGGUGCUGGUGUCGCGGACGGUCACGGAGCCCCCAGCCCGGCCCGCAGCCGCCUUGUCAUGCUGCCCAAAGUGGAGACGGAGGCCCUGGGACUCGCCCGGUCGAAUGGGGAACAGGGGCAGAUGCCGGAAAACAUGCAAGUGUCUCAGUUUAAAAUGGUGAAUUACUCUUAUGAUGAAGACCUUGAGGAACUGUGUCCAGUCUGUGGAGACAAAGUGUCUGGGUACCAUUACGGACUUCUCACCUGUGAAAGCUGCAAGGGAUUCUUUAAGCGAACAGUCCAGAAUAACAAAAGGUACACAUGUAUAGAAAAUCAGAAUUGCCAGAUUGACAAAACACAGAGAAAACGAUGUCCUUACUGUCGAUUUCAAAAAUGCCUAAGCGUUGGAAUGAAAUUAGAAGCUGUGCGAGCUGACCGAAUGCGUGGCGGUAGAAACAAGUUUGGACCAAUGUACAAGAGAGACAGGGCACUGAAGCAGCAGAAGAAAGCUCUUAUCCGAGCAAAUGGACUUAAACUGGAAGCCAUGACUCAGGUGAUCCAAGCAAUGCCAACUGACCUGACAAUAUCCUCUGCGAUCCAGAACAUCCAUUCUGCCUCCAAAGGCCUACCUCUGAACCACACUGCCUUGCCUCCUACAGACUAUGACAGAAGUCCCUUUGUAACCUCUCCGAUUAGUAUGACAAUGCCACCCCACGGCAGCUUGCAAGGUUACCAAACAUAUGGCCAUUUUCCAAGCCGUGCUAUCAAGUCUGAGUACCCUGACCCUUACACUAGCUCACCAGAGUCAAUAAUGGGAUACUCAUACAUGGAUAGUUACCAAACAAGCUCACCAGCAAGUAUUCCACAUCUGAUAUUGGAACUCCUCAAAUGUGAGCCAGAUGAGCCACAAGUCCAAGCUAAGAUCAUGGCAUAUCUGCAGCAGGAGCAAGCCAACAGAAGCAAACACGAGAAGCUCAACACAUUUGGGCUUAUGUGUAAAAUGGCUGACCAAACCCUCUUCUCCAUUGUCGAGUGGGCUAGGAGUAGCAUCUUUUUUAGAGAACUUAAGGUUGAUGACCAAAUGAAGUUGCUACAGAACUGCUGGAGUGAACUCUUAAUUCUAGAUCACAUUUACCGGCAAGUGGUACAUGGGAAAGAAGGCUCCAUCCUUCUGGUUACCGGGCAACAAGUGGAUUAUUCUGUAAUAGCGUCGCAAGCUGGAGCCACCCUCAACAACCUUAUGAGCCAUGCACAAGAACUAGUAGCAAAGCUUCGUUCCCUACAGUUUGAUCUACGAGAAUUUGUAUGUCUCAAAUUUCUGGUGCUGUUUAGUUUAGAUGUCAAAAACCUAGAGAACUUCCAGCUUGUGGAAGGUGUUCAGGAACAAGUGAAUGCUGCUCUGCUGGACUACACAAUGUGUAAUUACCCACAGCAAACUGACAAAUUUGGGCAGCUUCUCCUGCGACUACCAGAAAUCCGGGCCAUCAGUAUGCAGGCUGAAGAAUACCUCUACUACAAACACCUGAACGGGGAUGUUCCUUGUAAUAACCUUCUCAUUGAGAUGCUGCAUGCAAAAAGAGCAUAAAUUAUACCCAUUAGAGCUUCUGCUUUCAAGGAAAAAGAUAUACUCUGAACUGCUCCGAGCAACACUAAUUAAAACGUGGUUUUAAGACUUUGAAAAAUGGUAUAAUAAUCAAAUACUAAUAGUAAAUAAGUGAUGUAUCAGGGUAUUUGUAUUGCAAACUGUGAAUCAUAUGCUACACAUCCCCAAAGGAAUCUCUACGGGACUUUAGACUGGAGUGAAGCGAACUUAACAAGUGGAUACUGUCACCAAUGUCAACAUGAAAAAGGACAGAAUGAUUCUUGUAUAUUUAUCUCUGCUGAUUGCCAAUAUGAAGAAAUUUAGGAAAAAAAAAAAAAAAACUGAUCUGUAUUAUCAAGCUAAGGUAGUGGGGAAUUUGAGUGCACUAAAUUCCUUCAUCGUAUAGCAGGACUUCUAAAACAGUUAUAAUAGAUGCAAAGCUGCAUCCAUAGCAUCUUCUACCAUCCUUCCAAGGACCCAACACUUACUUCUUCUGUGAUAAACGAUGUGGCAUCCAUUCAACAACCUGUAAGAGAGAGCUGGCACAGGCCACAUGCAAUGUAGUAUGGCCACCACAUGCUAAGAGGCCAGUUUUGACUGUCUCUCAGGCGUGCAAAUAGCUAAUAUGAAGAGUGUUAUCACGUGAGCUUGGCAUUCUUACUAUGUUCUGAAGUUUGUUUUGUCACGUGUUCAUGUUGUUAAAUCAGGCAGUAUCCCUCUUCUACUACUGUCAUUGGCUAGCAACUAAAUAUCAAAGAUAAACAUGCCAAAAAAACUAGCCAAAUCAGCUAUACACUUUACUAGUGCAGUGGCUAAAAUAUGGAUCUGCUAUAUAUUCGUGGCCAUUUUCAAAUAAAGGAAACAAAGAUAUUUUAAGCACCACCAAUUACAGCUUUUUUGACAAAAAGUCCUUUCUAAGACAAUGAAUAUUGAUGUUAAAAAAAAAAAAAAAAAAAAGAAAGACAAGAAGUAAAAUGCAUUUA